AUGGUUCAACAGCAAAUUGUUAUGAUUGUUGGAGAUUAUGUGGAGGAUUAUGAAGCAAUGGUUCCUUUCCAAGCUUUGGAAAUGAUUGGUCAUCAAGUUUCUGUCAUUUCUCCAGGAAAGAAGAAGGGUGAUAAGGUGGUUACUGCUGUUCAUGAUUUUCUUCCAGGAGAACAAACUUAUACGGAAUUGAAAGGACAUAAUUUUCAAAUUAAUGCUGAUUUUGAUGAAGUAUUGAAUAAUUUGGAUCGAUAUGGAGCUAUUGUUCUUCCAGGUGGUAGAGCUCCAGAAUAUUUAAGAUUGAACGAUAAUGUUUUGAAUAUUGUCAAACAUUUUGUUGACUCCAACAAGCCCAUUGCAUCGAUUUGCCAUGGACCUUUGAUUUUAACUGCCAUUCCAGGAGCCAUCAAAGGCAAAAAGAUUGCAGCUUAUUUUGCUUGUAAACAUGAUAUCAUCAAUGCUGGAGCUGAAUGGGUGGAUUGUAAGGCAGAUGGUGCAGUUGUUUCUGGAAACAUUGUCACUGGUGUUGCAUGGCCAGGACAUCCUGAAUGGUUGAGAGCUUUUAUUCAACUUUUGGGAACCAAGAUUGAAUUGUAA